AUGCCGAAGCCAGCAAAUCCACUCAUUGCUUUGACCCCACCCGAGCUCAUGGAAAGUGACACCACACCGCGUGAUCAGGCGAAAGAUUUUUUCGGGGUCAAAUCUGUUUCAGGCCGACGUUUGUUGAGUGCUAACAGUGCAAAAAGUGCUAGGAGUUUCACAGAAUACACUACGCAAAAUAAAAGUGUGCAUUCAAGCGAUAAAUACUUGUCCAGAAAACUGAGUGAACACUCACCAGGACUAACACCAAGCCCCAGUUCUGGAAACGUAACUGCGCGAAAAAUUGUCGAACAUGAAGACUCUACCUUGGCUGGCGCUGCUACGCGCAGUGAAAAUGGUUUGACGAAAGAUCUGCACCAACCUGAUGCUCUAGUGCAGGUUUCAGAACACAUCACAGAAGAAGACGAGUAUCACACUUCAAAUUUGGAAUUAACUUCUCUCCUCAGACCAUCCAUUGCUAAUAGUGGAAACCUACGAUCGCGAAUCCGUCAUAUGUCUCUUUGCUUUCGGCGCGACGCACCACCUACAACACUGAGCGACCAUUAUGUUGUGUGCGGUAUCCCCAGCAACUACGAAGACUUUCUCGCCAAUCUUAGUGAUCUGAAUGAAAAGGUUGCUGGUUUGAUAUUCAUAACGCAGCGGACUCUGCAGGAGAAAGAUUUAAGGGCACACCAAUUGCAUGAGCGCUUAUACUUUGUGCGUGGAUCACCACUCAGUAUGCACGUCUUUCACACGGCUCGGAUACUUUAUGCGCGGAGUAUUUUGAUCAUGUCAUAUUGUGGGAUGGAAAACACCAAUAGCGUGGACGGUGAAAAUGAUCAAGAGGGUAUGGAUGAGAACAUGGCAGACGUUGACGCCAUAACAACGCAUCGAUUUAUUAGUGAAGCGUUGCAGAACGAGGCGUCAAGAUUGCAGCUUAAUCGAACGCGACCAACGCCAUUUAUUGUUGCUGAAAUGAUACGCCCUAGUAAUGUGAAAUUUCUCAUCGAUCGAAAUGGAUCUUUAUUUGAUGCAAAGGCAGCAGCGAACGAGCCACACCAACGUGAUCUGCUGAAGGACGUCAAAUUUUUGGACAGCUCGUUUUAUAGCCCAUUAUACGCUUCUGGCCAUAUUUACUUCUCAAAUAUCAUGGAUGCUCUUAUGGGCUCAUGUGCAAACCAGCAACUUAUGAUCGAAAUGGUGACACAACUUGUUAUCAGUGGAAACAUGAGUAUGAAGAUGCCGAAUCGGGUACAGAGAUCGCGGCAUCGCUUAUCUCAAAUUCCGGCACCGGAAAGAUAUCAUUUUCGUCCUUAUGCACUGCUUGUAGAAGGUUUGCUCCAGAAUGAGAACACGAUGACGCUAGGAAUUUAUCGAAGUGCCAGUACCGCAUAUUCUCCACAACAUGUACUCACAAAUCCACCAGGUGAUGAACUUGUCUCCCCGCACGAUUUGCUUUUUGUUAUCAAAUGA